GGUUAUGAAUAAAAUGCUGAAACAGAUAAGGUUAUAUAUCUUCUUUUGGAGGCAUUGAAACUCUGCAAUUCAAUUCUUCACUGAAUGAAGUGCCUUGUAGUGAGCUCUGCUUUCUCACCGUGCACCACCAUGAGCACAAGAUUUAUAAGCUACAGCCACAACUUGAUUUUUCAUACUCUGGGAUCUGGAUCUAGCUGGAAGGGAUGGGCGAAAUCUGGAUGCUGUGGAGCUGGUGAAUUUGGAACUGGAGAUGUAGAAUUUUCAGAAGGUUUGCCAGAGAAAAAACAUAAUGGUUCUUUUAGGGGAAUAGAUGGCUCAAACCUGUCAUUUGGAACAGUUGAUGCUGAAAUAACUCAGGAAACAGCAGAUUUCUUUGUCAGUGAUGCAGAAGGUGAUCCGGACCGCCCUUCAGAAGGUUAUUCGUCUAUUGGCGAAGCUACAGAUGCUUUAAAACAAGGAAAGUUUGUGAUUGCUGUAGAUGAUGAGAAUGGUGAGCAAGGAGAUCUUAUAAUGGCAGCAGCUCUGACAAACACCAAGAGUAUUGCUUUCAUCAUUAAGCAUGGAUCUGGCAUUGUAUCAGUGGGAAUGAAAGAGGAGGACCUGGAGAGACUUCUGAUUCCAUUAUUGUCUCCCAUUACUGAAGUUGAGAGCCUAUCUGCUGCAGCUUCCACAGUCACAGUGGACGCGAGAAUCGGCACUUCAAGUGGAGUAUCAGCCGAAGACAGAGCAAGAACAAUUGUUGAGCUUUCGUCUCCCGACUCUAAGCCAGGAGAUUUCAGAAGACCUGGUCAUGUCUUUCCUCUCAAGUACAGAAAAGGUGGCGUUCUGAAGAGAGCUGGCCAUACUGAAGCUUCAGUUGAUCUGGUAAUAUUAGCAGGGUUACGCCCUGUGUCAGUGCUGUCCGCCAUUGUUGAUCCUGAUGAUGGUUCCAUGGCAAAGCUCUCAUUUUUGAAGAAAUUUGCAGAGGAAUAUGAUCUACCAAUUAUAUCAAUCACUGAUCUUAUAAGGUACAGAAGAAAGAGGGAGAAACUAGUAGAGAAAAUUGCAGUCUCUCGCCUGCCUACCAAAUGGGGCUUGUUUCAGGCUUACUGUUACAGAUCAAAGUUAGAUGGUACAGAGCAUAUUGCUGUUGUCAAGGGUGAUAUUGGAGAUGGGCAGGAUGUUCUUGUCAGAGUCCACUCCGAAUGCCUCACAGGAGACAUACUUGGCUCAGCUCGAUGUGACUGUGGGAAUCAGCUCGAUCUAGCGAUGCAAUUAAUAGAACAGACAGGCCGAGGUGUUCUUGUUUAUCUUCGAGGCCAUGAAGGCAGAGGCAUCGGACUUGGUCCCAAGCUUCGCGCCUAUAACUUGCAGGACCUCGGCCAUGAUACUGUUCAAGCUAAUCUGGAGCUUGGCUUGGCUGUUGAUUCCAGAGAGUAUGGAUUUGGCGCACAGAUACUAAGGGAUAUUGGUGUCAGAACGAUGCGAUUAAUGACAAACAAUCCGGCUAAGUUUAUUGGGCUCAAGGGUUAUGGGCUUGCAGUCAUAGGUAGGAUUCCAGUUAUCACUCCCAUUACCAAGGAAAAUCAAAGAUAUUUGGAGACGAAGCGCAUCAAGAUGGGCCACGUGUAUGGUUCUGAUCUACCAGGGAGUAAUCCAGGAUUUUCGGAGCCUGGCAUUGAAAAUAAUUCAGAUUUCUCCAACCAGUAAUUGACAGAUGGCACCCAUUCUUUGUCAUAAUUGGUUAGAUGAUUUCUUCAUUUGAGUA